CCACCUACUCGUACAUCGUAUUAUUAUUAUUAUUAUACCGUACGCGAGCGCCCGUGUGUUUGCAUAGCGUAAACGCGAUUUUUUUUUUUUUUUAUCCCCGGCAAACGACCGCGGACAGACCGUCGUCGGCGGACGCGAUACGGCCACGUUCACGUACACAACGGGAUAGCCGCCGCGUUGUUUCGCGACAGUGACCCAAUUAUUCUACUGCCGCGGCGUCGUGCCGUUUAUUAUUCCGGUGUUCGUCGUCCCGUCCGCCGUCGGUUUAAAAGGUGUUAGCACGGGCCGCCGGGCGCUACGCGACGAUGGGACGGCCGUGGUAGUCGCGCCGCGGACAUUCCGUCCGGGACCCGGGACCGACGUGCCUGUAGCAAUUUUUUUUUUUUCCGCCUGGUUGGAACGGUUCGCGUAAAAUCAAUCGAUCGACGACACGUAAGUGUGCGGCGGAAGGCCGCGUCCAGUUAUAUAUUUUUAUCGUUACUAUUUAAUAUUACAGUAAACAACACGUUCAAAUAUUAUUGUAAUUACUAGCGGUGAGUAUCGGGCACGGCUCCGAAAUCGAGGGUGUCGGAAUACCAUUGGGUAUCGGCGCUGGGGGGGGUGGGGUUGAGGGGUGGGCAGAAUUCACCCCCCCCCUCCCCCUCCAUUCGACCAGAUAAUAUUGUUCGGUGAAACAUACCCGUGUAAUGUGUCCGGAAUACGACAAGACGUUCAAACGUCGGGUUUAUCACCGGUACGAUAUUAUGAUUAUCGUGUGCGCGAAUCAUUUCAAUAUCAGCUACGUUUUAGAACGAUAACAAUGUUAUCGGACAAACGUCAUAUCGGCUCACCGCUAAUGCUAUCUAACGAUAUUGUUUUGUUAUUGGGCAUAUCCGUUAGCGGAUCGCCCGCCGUGUUAAUUCCCCUUUAAAUCCUAAGGUGAUAUCGUUACGGUCCCGUGUACUCACUGAUCUUUCGUGACGUCUGGUUUAUUAUUAUAGGUUAGUUCGACAUACACGCGAUUUUCCAAAUGACAAUUUGACAUUGCGACCGAAACCAUACUGCCUUGCCGCUAUGGUAAGUAUGCUCAAUCCACUAUUUUAAGGGGUCAGCGGAUAAAUGCGUGUUAACUAACAUUUUUAAAACUGUUAAGUUUAAGUAGGUACUGUGUAUAUUAUAUGUAACACCUCUUUGUCUACAAACAAAAACCACUAAUGAUGUGGUACAGCACCCAGGCACGUACACAAAAAAAAAUUUUGAAGGGAUAUAAUUGUUAAAAAAAAAAUUUUAAAAAUUAACAAUAAUCAAUGUUUACAAAAAAAAAAAAAAAUUAAAUUUAUAUAAAUAAAUUACACGACUAUUAAUUUUUGGGGGAGGGGGGGAUGAACCCCCACCCCCACCCCCUUGUAUACGUGCCUGACAACACCUUUAUUAGUUAUACGCUUCCGGAAAUAUAUGAGUAUUUUUGUUCUGAAAUCCGUUAAUGGCGGCGUCUGUAAUAUUAUGUAAAAAAAAAAAAAAAAAUGAAUCUAAUGAAAUUGUAUCGGUUUCAAAAAAAAUGUCAGUUAACAUCUUUAACCGUCACCUGACCCCCAUCAAUUAUUCAUCAUACGCAACGCGAUCACGCCGACGACGGUUUUUUUUUUAUAAAUCGGGGUGUUUUCUUUUUCCAUAAGGACAUAACAUGGCCGAAGUCUAUUGGCAUGCCGGUAGGAGAUUUCUGGUGUCCCUGUUGUUACUAUUAUCGAUACGCGCCAGCGCUACUCAGAGAACGUCGUCGUCUUCCGCGUCCGGUGAGUGGAUUCGUUUACGAUUUACACGCAUGGUGAUUUGUGUGCAUGUUCGUCCCGUUUUUAUGGUUACGUACGUAUUCAAAUUCCGAAUUUUCGAAUUACUAGGUGUAUUUUGUUAGGCGAUAUUUUCGAAUAAUUAUAUUUUUCAAAACGUUCAAGGACUACCCAGUGGCGAUACCGAUUUGUGUUUUUCAAAGGAGAAUCUAUACAUGCUUCCAUGCAAACUGUGAACCGGAUGAUUUUUCUAAAAUUGUUGACGUAUAUUGAAAUGAAAAUUUGAACGAAAAGUUUCUAAACUAUUCUGAUUUAAAUACCACACGGAUACAAUAGUAUUUGCUUUUGUUUUGAAAACUAUUGAGUGCGAUAUUAAUCGAUGAGUAUUUUUUAAUGUUCGAAAAUGGUCCGAGUAUACUUGACCAAGUAAAAACUGUUAACAAAUAUUUUUUAUUGCAUACCUACCUAAUUAUGAUGUUACUCAACUCGUACCCAUUUACAAUGUAUUUAAUUGACAAUAUUAUCCUUAUUAUUUAAAGUAAAAUAAUAACUGGAGAACUGUUCGUUCAAGUUUCGAUUACAAUUCGACAACACUUAUUUAGAGAAAUCAUCUCGUUUGCAUUAAAACACAUAAGUUCUCGUUUGAAAAACCAAAGUUGGUGUCGCCACCGGAUACUCCAUAAAUGUUAUGAAAUAUAAACAUAUUAAAAACUAUCGUCUUUAACUACGCUUAAAAAGUCCAAUAAUCAGAUAUAAAAUAAUAACAUAUGCGCAACACAAUCGCAAAAACGGAGUGAGUGUGCUCAAAAAAAUGACCCUGUAUAAUCAUACUGUUAUCAUUAUAAUUAUUGUUUUCCUCGGCCGUUCAGGUUGUGACCAAACGUUUUUGAGCAAAGACGGUCCGCAGAAUGGCACGUUUCGGGCACCGGUGCUCACCAAUGUCGACGGCGAGUCCACGGUGUGCGUGUACACGUUCGUGGCCGCUUCGCACCAAAAAGUCUUUAUAUCGUUCACUUCGUUCAAUCUCCGAAGUACACCUCCAGAGUAAGUGAUCUCGAGAAACACUGUUAUAUACAUUGCAUAUAUUGACGUACUUAUUAUGAGUACGAGCACUCGUAUAUUACUAACAAGGAAGUUUUUGAAGACCCAUAUUGCACAACCGGUUUUUAUUCAGAGAAAAAUGCACAAAAAACGGCCCGAAAUUGAAUUUCGCUUUUCGGAACGUGCAGCAGUGUUGUUAAAUAAUCCACAAUUUUCUUUUCUUCGGGUGAAUGAUUAUUUAAAAUUUUUUUUUUUUCUAAUAUAUUAGAUGCGUGCACGAGUACGUGGACGUGUAUUCGGAGGUUCAACAAGUCGACACGGAGGAUUUGAUAAACUCACCGUUUGGCGGAAGAUAUUGCGGCCUUAUACCGCCCAGAGAUCGGACGUCUUUAUACAGAAUAGUGGCGUUCAGUUUUUAUACGGACAAGAAUUCUACUACGCCGAUGCUUUUCGACGGUUACUACACGUUCAAAAACGACUGUAAGUUUAUUAUAACAACUCGAAUUUCGAGCAUUAUUACAUUGUAAUCACUGUGUGUUUAGCUGCGUUCCAAUUGGGCACGCCGUUGCCGAUCAGUCCGUGUUCGUUCGUCAUAAAUGCUAAAGCCAAAAGACAAGGUGCCAUACUUACUCCGACCUACCCUGGUAUAUAUCCCAAAGGAAUGAAAUGCAUGUACUCGUUCCAAGGGCAGGCCAGCCAAAGGGUGCGGUUGGAAUUCCGGGAUUUCGAUCUUUUUUACGGUGGCCCACAGUGAGUAGUUUUUUUUUUUCUUUCCGUACCCAACAAACACAAUUUGCAAGUAUAGGUAUAUUGUAAUCGCGCACGUUUUUUACUUCCCUGCACAGUUGUCCUUUUGACAUUGUGAGUAUAUACGACGGAGUGAAUUCUUCUGCUCCUUUGAUCGGCCAGUACUGCGGUCAACAACGAAAUUUAGUCGUUUAUUCUACGGAAAAUUUUUUAUACGUGACUUUCGACACGCUUCCCAGAACCGCUAACACGCAAAACCGCGGUUUCAAAGGCAUGUUUGAAUUUAGCGAGAGUUUCGUCAAACUAGGUGAUUUUGCGUUUCGUAUUAUACAAUAUUGUACAGUAUUAUUUAUUUUGCGUAAUAUUGUAUAGAUUUUAUCGUGAAAAACGACGGUGUACACGUUCGGGGCACCGAAUGCGAUCAAAAAGUAUUGAGCAAAAGGACUUCGACGGGUUUCAUAUUCAGCCCGAACUAUCCGUUUCCAUACAUCCCGAAAAUCGUAUGCCGAUAUUUUGUAUACGGUCUUGAAGGCGCGCAAGACUUGGAAAGAGUCCGACUAGAAUUCAUGAUGUUUGAUAUACCCAAGGCACAUGCAACCGAACAAGAGUAAGAAGCUUAUAACGUGAUAUAUACGUGACCAAACGUGAUUCGAAAUAAUUGUAUUCUUAAUGACCUAUAUCAUAGAUGCACGGACGGAUACCUCAAGUUAUACUUGAGAGGUCAAGAAGCGAUGGACCUCUAUGACAAGUUCGAUUAUGAAAUGUGUGGUUUAGAGGCCGACGAAAAGGUAGUCACGAGUGAAGGUGCUAGGCUCGCGAUGGUUUUCAGUAGUGGUGAAUUACAAGGCCGAGGUUUUAAAGCCAAAUAUACAUUCGAAACCGGUGCGCUAUUGACUCGAUUUUUAAGUUCCCGAUUAAAAAAUUAAUUUAUUUUUUUUAUCAGAAUAUCUCAUUCCCGGGACGGCCGCGCCCAACGGCACUUGUCAUUUCACUUACCGUAGCGAGUCGAAGAAACGCGGUGAUUUCAACUCGCCCAGGCAUCCGGCCAACUAUCCCAACGGACUAAACUGUACGUUUCUGUUCUUGGCUACGCAGAACGAACAAGUCACCGUGAUAUUUGAUCAAUUUAAAAUCCGGGCUACCGACAAAACUAACACUUCGCUUGUACAGCUCGGGUAAAACCGUCAUCACUGUUAUUUUGUCACUUGUCAUUGGUAUAUAAAUUAAGAAAAUAAUUUAAUAUUUCGUUUUAUCGUCAUAAUACAGGACAUUAGUUUGCACGGAUGACUGGCUUGAAAUAUACAAUAUAUACAAAGACAAUACCGAGAAGAUUGUCGGUAGAUAUUGUGGUAUGACGGCCCCCGGCCCGUUGGAGUCCAAUAGAGGUGCGAUCGGCCUAAAGAUUCUAUUGCACACAAAUUGGGAAGGUGUCUCUAGUGGUUUUAAGGCGAGAUAUUUUUUUGACGUUGCCAAACCAAUAUAUGGUGGUGAGUUUAUGACGUGUUUUGAAACUAUAAUCUGCCAAGGGAUUAGAUAUCAUAUUAUUUUGUUUUCUUUCGCAGAUUGCGGUAGUAAUAUCAGCAAUGUGGAUUCCGGAAAGGUGCAGAGUCCGAAUUUCCCGCUCAAAUAUACUGCACCAGAAAAGGGAAUGCCGAGCAGAACGUGCAAUUGGUUUAUUCAAGUCAGGCCAAGUUAUAAAAUACUGCUCAACUUUAUCUCGUUCUCGGUGGAAGGAGACCCGUUACGUAAGUUUAUCGAAUCGGCGGGUAUUAUUUAUCAAUUUAUUAUGAACGAACUAUAAUCGAACAUUGUUUAUCCCGCAGAGAGAGGAUGUGCGACCGCCGUCGUCAGGCUAUGGCCGUCUGUAGAAGAACCACCGCUGGAGUUAUGCGGUGAAAAACCGAAUGGGUCAUGGCAAUUUUUAUCCGAAUCCAAUCAGUUCAGGAUAAGGUGAAAUAAGUCAACCAUUAUUAAGAAAAAAUGUAAUUUAGUGUAGAAUAAGACGUUAGUGACAGGAUGUAAAGCUGAUUAUAAAUCGGUUAAAAACUGCAAUGUGCAAGUCCAAGUGUUGGACAUAGGAAAAAAAAUGUGAUACACUGUUGUAGCAACGAACAUGUCAAGGGAAUUUGUGUCUGAGUAUAUUUUAGUCGAUUUAGACUUACAAGCCAAACAAAAUGCUUUCAGUUUUGUUUGGUAGAUUUGUAUUUUGAAAAUGGAUUAUAAUUCUUUAAGUUUUUACUAGGGUAUGCUAGAAAUAUAGGUGAAUGUAAUUAUUUCACUGGAAAUCAUAACCAUAUUUGCUUGUAAUUUUGAAAAAUUUGCAUAAAUGUAUUUAAAAUAUUUUACUUUUUACUUAUAAUAAGGAAGAUAUAAAUUUAAAUAAUAAUUCUAACGUAAAGAACUUGAAAAAUUAUAAUCCGUCAAACGUAAUUCUUACGAUUUUUUCUCGCUCUCCGAUCUAUAUUUGUCCGUAAAAAUAGCCAAACCCGUUUUCCUUAAAUAGGUAUCAGACCGUAAAUUAGCAGAAUUAUUAUCAUUAAAGUGGUUAUUGAAAUAUAAUGUAAAAACAAAUUUAAAAUUUCACAGAAUUAAAAAAACUAUCACUAAUGCCCUUAAAGUGAAACCGGGUCACAAUAUAGUAAUGGAAAUGUAAGUGUUAAGUAGUCUAAGAAUAGCAGAUAUAGCUACAGGGAAAACGAGGUGUAUAUUGAGACGGUUUGAUAGACAUGGAGGUAUGAUGAUAGAUACUUAGGAAGACAAUCGAGUUAAGUGUGUAUGGAAGCCAAGUGGGAGAUGGGGAGAGUAAAUAAAAAAAUGAAAAACGAUGGUGGUGGAUGAUAGGGAUAUGUGAGAGCUGGAUGGAGAUUAAUAGAAUUUCACCAUAUUUUAAAGGCAAAAAAGAUUUAAGCAGGGGUGGAUUUCUUGAAAUCGGUAAAUAUAUUAAUUGUACGUUUUUUUUUAACAUUUCAGCUUCGUGGUGGCCGACAAAUCGGGCAACGGUACCGGGUUCAAUGCGAUUUGGACCGAAGUGAUGGAUUCAAUGAACGCCCCCUGUACGGGGUUUCAAUGCAAAAAUUCGACUUACUGCAUAUCCGAACAGUUGAGAUGCAAUAGCAUGAUGAAUUGCGGAUCCAACGACAUAUCGGACGAGAGCAACUGUGAGUAUUGGUUAAAUUAAACGCACGUUAUUCUCAUAUUAUAUGAUGAUAAUAAUAAUAAUAAUAAUAAUACUAUCAAUAUUAUACUGGGUGUACGUAGGUAGGGAAGGCUACUAUAUAUUGUAUAGGAAGCUGACGAUGUAUUGAAAACGGGAAAAUACGGGGUUACGAUCGGUAAGCAUAAUACCUAUUCUGUGUUGGGAAGAAGAAAAAAAAAAAAAAUGUUAUAUUAUCUAUCUCAUACAUAAUAUUAUAUAAUGGCGUCGGGGUCGUUAGAUUUCUUUUUUUCUUUUUACCGCCGAAAAUCGCCAAACUCAUCAGGCAAUCUAAUGUACAUUUAACGAUGUUUUCCGCGUACGUUUCAGGGGCUGUACAUAAUAAUAUCAUAUUAUAUAACGUCCCAGUCGAUCAUUUCGUAUUAUGUUAUUUACUAUAAAAUAAAAUUGUAUCGAUCGUUAAACACGUUAAAUUAUUAUAUAGGUACUCGACGAAAAAAACAAAUUGUACGCGAAAAAACAAGACGUUUAAUUUGAAUACAUUUUCGUUUUUUUCAUUGUAAUGCGGUACUAAAAAAAUUCUUUGUAAUAAAAUGCGCGUUUCGAACGUAAUGAUAAAUUAAUUUAAUCCGCAUUGUGUUAAGAGGACGCCACAUUUCUCGUCUCUGUAUAUAUCUAACGGGAGGGCAAAAACAGCAAACAUAUGUUCACGUAAAACAAAAAGGAAACGCCUUUAAAAUCGGUUUUAUAGAUAAAACGCCGGUUUUAAAAUGUGUUUAUGACAUUUCGAAGACAACCGCAUUGGCAGUUUUUUUUUUUUUUUAACUGUAUAGCAAAGAAAUAUCUGCAUAAUUGAAAAAUGAUUAUUUAUGCCUUCAACAGUAAAUUGGAUACUUGAGAUAAAUGUUGUAAAACAUCCGUGAGGUGGUUCUCCAAAUAUUGCCAUUUAAAAAUUGUUGUAAAAGAACAUGUCCUCGCUCUUACACCGGUUUUAUAUGCCUUUUCGGUUGUUUUACGUCAAUACAUUUUUAUAAAUUAAUGGGCACAGACUGCAAAUGCCUGUGUCCUUUUAAGAGUCGGUGCUACUGACUGUAAAAACUGUUUUGCACAGUCGAAAACAAUACUCGAGCUGUAGACUUGAAAUUAAAAAACGGAAUUUUCGUCAUAAAAAAGGAAAACUUGCACAAUGCAAUUAGUUAAAUUUUGUCGUAAAAAUUGUUCUAAUAACUGAUAAUAUUUAAAGUUGUUCAAACCCGAAUGAUUUAAUCGCAAAACGGUUUCUCCGCUAAAAUCUUUGUUUAUUUACCUCGUGUGUCCGAUCAAAACUAUGUGCAUUUAUUUCUUUAAAAAUAAGUAUCUAUCUGAAUUGUGUAUAUUUGCAUGGUGUGUCCGCAGGAUUUGACAAUUAUUUCCUAUACAAUCAUUAAUUUACAUUGGAAAUCGUCAAACCCCGUGCAUAGACACUGUACAAUAUGCAUAGACAUUAAAUAUAUAUGUCAUACAAUAAUAUGCACGAUAACUCGUAUAUUUUAUUGGUUGGCGUUUACCGAAAACGUUACAAGAUAUCUGGCGCACGUUUGUCGGCGGACGUAUGUCGUACUAUAUAAAUAUAACAAUAAUAAUAAUAUAAUAAUAGUCGAGGAACUAUCUAAAAAUCGUAAAUCAUCCGAGUAGUUUUACGACCGACCCGACCGCCGCACACGUCCUCUCGACGACCGCUGGGGCUUAUAAUAAUAUACGCGCAGCUCACGUCGAAGUCCCGUCGCAGUCGCGUGCAAUAUACGAACCGAAUACAAAUUGCCUAUACUCGGUCGCCUUAUAAUACAACAUAAAGUAGAUGCCAAUAUAGCAUACAGAGUGGUGUACACUGAUGGCGAAACGUUUUUUUUUUUUUUUCCUUUCUACGGAGCGAUUUCUUUAUAAAAUUGUACGGGAACGGAACCGCAACGAGUACCAUAUUUUGUUUUUUUCAAACGGCGACCAAUGAUCAAAAUUCCGUAAACAGACAAAGAAGUCUGUAAUAAAACGGUUAGAGUAUGCAUUUUGGUGUAGACGCGUUGUUCCCGUUUUAAGUUUAUCGUUUUGCGGAUAAACAGAGAGCAGUGGAUCGAUCAUCAUUCGCGUGGCGGCGCGGCGUUUGAACAGCGCUUCACCGCCCUCCUCCUGCCCACAAAACGGCCAAACCUAAAAAUGGAAUAUCUCAUCAGCGGGUUGACGGAAAUUGAAAAAUGUCAACAUCGAAAUGUAUCUAAACUAAAACUUUGCCAAUUCGCGAAACGUCCGACGUAAGUGGCCGAUUGAAAAUCAAAAGUGGGUAAUGGUCCCGCCCACGAAACGCAAGUCUUACGUUGUAUUGAUCACCCUGUAUAAGGCGUUCUCGCGCGGACGAGGUGUGGAGGUCGAAGUCAGCCGUGCGUUUUCUCGGGGCUCGCGAUCGUAAAACAAUUUCAUUAUAUACGUAUAUUAUACGUGUGUAUAAUAUUAUAUUAUAGUUGCCGAAAAUAAAACGGCAAAACGGAUCGAUGUAUAGGUUUUAUUGUAAGGAAAAAGAGAAUUUUUAUUAUCAAAUAUUUCGACCGCGCGCGACAUUUCAUAACGAUGUACGGGCGAAGGGAAAAAAAAUGUCGUUAUAAUAAUCGCAUUAACGUUACGAUAUCGCUUCGGUCAUAAUAAUAUUAUUAUUAUUAUUAUUCGAGUAACCGGCCGCUAUAAAACCUAUCGCCGUUAAAUUGAUAAGAGAUAGUCAGUUUAAGUAUAGACAGCUCUAACGAUCGAUUUUUUUGGAGAUUAGUGACGGCGUAAUAUUUUAGUCGAUUUAGACCCAAAACUUAAAAGCGAGUCAAAACUGCGAGGAUUGUGUUUGACGGAUAUCAAUUUUGAAAACGGUUUAUAAUUCUUUAUGUUCAUUACUAUAGGAUAUUAUGACAGAAAUGUACAUGCAAUUAUUGUAUUGGAAAUCGUAAACAAAUUGUAUUGUGUUUUUGAACAAUUUCCAAAAACGUACUAAAAGUGUUUUGCCUUUUAUAUAAGAAUAUAUAUGAUUAAUUAAGACAAUUAAAACCCAAAAAAUAAUUCCAACGUAUCCUAGCCAAGGUCGUAUUUAAGGGGGGAGGAAUUCAACCCCCCCGGUAUAUUUUUAAAUGAUUGUUUAUUGUUUUCAAGAUGAAUGCUAAUUAUGAUUGUAACAACAUUAAUAGACGGUUAAAUUCAAAACACCUUCCGACAAUUUGGUCCAACUACGGCCGAGGUCCUAGUAAAGAACCGAAAGAAUAAUAUUUUGUUUUUAAAAAUAUAAUCCGUCAAACGUAACCCCUACGGUUUCUGUUCGGCUUUUCGGUCUAAAACGUUUUAUUCGUCCGUAAGAAUCCCUUAUCAUUUGAAUAUCAGAAGGUAGACUAGUAUAGAAAAGUCUUAUCGUUAAUUCAAAUGUAAAAACGAAUUUCAAAAUUUCACAAAAUUAGAGACAAUUCGGUAUGAUGUGUUAUACAGGAGUGGCCGAACUUUAUUUUGUUAAAAAUCUACAAAAAAAUAUAUUUUUUUUUUGAGGAUCGACUUCCUAGCAAAAAUGUAUAAUUAUAAAUUACUUAAUAUCUAACUAGUAUUAAUAAUAAACACACACUUACAAAAUAAUAAAACUAAAAUGUAUAGUUAAUAAAUAUAUAAAUAAAAAAUGUAUAUAUUUAUUUACGAGCAUUAACCAUUUUAAUAAUUUCGUUUUUACUUUAUUAUUUUAUUAUUUGAAAUGUAUAGUUAAAUAAUGUUUUUCAUCGUGCUAUUAUUACUACCAAUAAUAUUAUUGUAAAUGCAAUUGUCGGGAUAAACUCUGUUGAACUGUAUUAUUUGAUAAAUGUACAACAAAAUAAAAAUAAUAAUAUAUUUAGGUAAAAAUGAUUAGCAAAUUCUAAAAACAUGGAGAUCGACGGUUAAAUCGUCUGCGAUCGACCGUUUGGCCACCUCUGACAUAAUAUAUACUUACGUGUAUUAUGUCGUAGCCACAUUGUGAAAUCAAUUCUUUCACGACGAAAAGGACACGGAUUUUCACACACUUCACGAAAUAAAAAUGAUUUCACUUUUAGCGUCACUUCUAACGUGAAAUGUGGUCACUCGAAUUCGCUUAUCCAUUGCCUCACACAACUAUUAUAUUAUGGUGUUAAUUAUUAUCAUAUAGUUCGAUUCAUUAUAGCAGCAUUAGGAUCAUUAGGAAUAUUAGGAUUAGGGCCUGUUAUACGAUUAAACAGUGGUUAAAUCAUAAUCAAUUUAAUAAUUGAUCAGGAUAAAGGUAUAUUAAGACCUUUAUCCUGUUUUGAAGUGCCUGUUAACUUUUUAAUCAUUGAUUAUACUAAUGAAGUUGGGGCAAUCGAAUUGGUCCGAAACCUAUUAGGUCUGUUAAGUUAAUUAACCAUCCGAAGUAUGUUAAACAAUGAUCGGUCAAAUUUCGGGCUGUUAUCUCUUUUCAUGUUAGAACAUAAUCAUACAUUUUGUUUAGUAUAACUUUGUAGCAAUACUGUUUUGACUAUUUUAAAUUUGAACGUUACUUUUUAUUACGGUGUUACUUAUUUACAAUGUCUGUCUUCAAAAAUUCCACUACUCGCUAAUACUUUCACUAAUAAUAUAAAUAAUACAUCCGUAUCUGAAGCUGUACAAUUUAAAGUAAGUUUUUGUUAUUUCGUUACAAAGUCUGUUAUUAUCAUUUAUAGUUUACCAUUAUUUUUGGUAUUUAAUACUAACACCACGAAACUGGCAAGUAAUAACGAAAAUAAAUAUUUAAUUAAAACACGACGAUUAAUGUGAUAUACCUAAUAUAAUGUGUGUUAACUGAUUUUAUCUAAAUACUGAUUUUUACGUAAAUUAAUCUCAACUUUAAAACGGAUUAAUGAAAUAUUGUAUGAUUCACUAAUUUUACUAAUCGCAUUGUUGUAUAGCCUACUAUACAACAAUCGUGGUUUUAAUCAACGACUGAACAACUUUUCACGAGAAAAUCAAUUUCACGAAACGCCUUUAAAUUUGGGGGUAAAAAAAAGCAAUAAAGGCAAAGUAAAAUUUUACAAUACGCAUAUUAUAUAAUAUAUAUGUAUGUUUAAUCCAUAAAAGUUGUUUUGCCAUAAAGGUCAAUUAAAAAAAAAAAAUUAUAUUUCACCGUGAAAUAUUGAUAGUAACAUUGAAAGACCCUGUAUUAUUAUUACGACAAUAAUAUAGCGGUGGGUUGGCGGUGAUAAUUUAUAAUGGGAUUUUAUAUUUAGGUAUCAUUUAAAAUAAUUGCAUAAACAUUAUGCUCUACCUAUGUGUAUACUGUGUAAUAUUCCGUUAAAAAUCGGAAAUUUUGCGGAAAAAAAUUAGACAAUUCGUUAAAAAAAAAAAAAAAUGUAAAAGUACCUCCGAUAGUUCAAAAAAAAGCACAAAAUUAUAAUAAAACAUACAAAUGGUAAUAAAAUCGUCCUUAUAUUAUCGUUCUGGAAAUUGUUUAAUAUCGUUCCCCAUAUUUUAAGCACCUCGAGAAAAACAUAAUACUGUGUAAAUGCUUUAGCAAAUCUGCUACUACUGUUACACUGUCGUGUUUGCUAUUCGGCAGGUGCGGUGGAACCAGAGGCCAUGGACAACGUGGUACUGUCAGCGGUGCUAACCAUGUGCACGAUGCUGGCGCUCAUGUUGGUCGCGUGCCUGUGCUGCCGUCGGCGGCGGUCGGGACCGGGCCGCCGCGAAAGGUUCCGCCGCGGUGUUGGCGGCGGCGGAAUCGGCGGCGUGGGCAUCGUCGGCGGCGGAUACAAUCGUCACCGCCGGCACCAUCAGCACCACCAUCCGCACCAACAUCACGAUCCCCGAACGCCGUCACUCCGGUCGCUCAGCCCCACACCGUCGUCAUCCGGCCAACACGUGUGCGACGAACUGGGCGAACGGUUCGCCAGCGUGGACAGCGUGUGA